AUGUAUGGGAGGUGUGGCAGCGCCGGAUCCGCCGCUGGGAUCUUCGCUGGGAUGCGCGAGAGAGAUCUUAUCACCUGGACAAGUAUGAUCCACGCAUUUGCCAAGACCGGGCAAAACCGCGAUGCGAUUCUUUGCUUUCGAUCGAUGCAACAGGGGGGAUUUCGCGCGAAUGCUGUUACGAUCGUCAGCGUCCUGGGCGCUUGCUCGGAUGUGGAGGACGGGAGGAUCAUCCAUAGGAUCGCUUCCGACGCUGGAUUCCUGCGAGAGAAUCCUCUCGCGGCAAAUGCCGUGAUCAACAUGUAUGGGAAGUCUGGCAAUCUCGCGGAGGCGCGCGGGGUCUUCCGGGAGAUCUACGCGAGCCAGUGCGUGAUCUCGUGGAACACGAUGAUGAGCGCUUGCAUCCAGCAGGAGAGAGACGAGGAGGCACUGGCGCUGUUCCAGGAGAUGAUCUCCACCGGAUCGAUCGCGCCGGACAAUGUGAGCUGCGUGCUCGCGCUCACCGCGUGCGCGAAUCUGGAAGCGCUCGAGGCCGGCGAGGCGAUCCACGCGAUCGCGCUGGAAAUUGGGCUGCUGGUGAUCGAGAACCCAGUGCUGAUCAACUGCGUGCUCCAUCUCUACGGCCGAUGCGGGCGACUGGAUCGAGCAGCGGCGAUCUUCCGCGAGCACCGUGGCGACGAAUCCCUGGUGUCGUCCAACACGAUCAUCGGCGCCUUCGCGCAGCACGGGCGAUGGAAGGAGGCGCUGGCGAUCUUCCGCGGCAUGCAAAUCGCCGGGAUCCGCCCCAGCAAGCUCACAUUCGCGGCGGUCCUCGACGGCUGCGCGAAUCUCUCGGCGCUCGCCGAGGGGCGAUCGAUCCACGCGCUCGCCGCCGCGCUAGGGCUCGAGCAAGAAGCCGUGGUGGCCACAUCCCUGGUGGACAUGUACGGGCGGUGCGGUUGCCUGGCCAUCGCCCAAGGAAUAUUUGAUGGGAUGCCCGCCAAGAACAAGAACGAGCUCGCCUGGAGCACGCUGUUUGGGGCGUAUGCGCAUCGCGGCCGCCUCGGGCAAGCGAUGAAGAUCCUGGGGAGGAUGCAGCAAGAAGGCGUCAAGAUCCACCCGGCGCUCUUCGUCUCGGUGCUCAAUUCCUGCAGCCACGCCGGGAUGCUCGAGGAAUGCCUGCGCCAAUUCGCGUCCAUGCGGCUGGACCACGGCAUCCAGCCCAAGGUGGAGCACUUUGGCUGCGUGAUCGACCUGCUGGGGCGAUUGGGGGCGCUCGCCGAGGCGGAGCGAUUCAUGGGCAGGAUCCCCGGCGGGCGUCCCAAUCUUCUCAUCUGGAUGAGCUUCCUGGGGUCGUGCCGGACGCACAGUGAUCUUGAGAGGGCGAAGCGAGCUGCGAGGGAAGCUAUCGCGCUGGAGCCCAGGAGAUCGAGCUCCUACGCCGUGCUCGCGAGCGUUAUCGCAGCUCAAAAGCCCUAA